AUGGCCUCCAAGAUGACAUUUUACUAUGUGACUUUGGUUCUAUACUUGUUAAUUUCCGAGCCGGGGGAGUGUGGGAGGACCCCAAUACGCUCUGCAGCUGCCAGCUUAAGUCCCUGCUUGAGCGCUGCAGGAAAUGCUAGGGCAACGGUCCCUCCCACUUGCUGCACCAAAGUUAAUGGGUUAAUCAAGACUGCUCCGCGAUGCCUCUGCACUGUCCUGCUGUCGCCUUUGGCAAAGCAGGCCGGUAUCAAGCCAGCAAUUGCUAUCACUAUCCCCAAGCGAUGUAACAUCAGGAACCGACCGGUGGGAAAGAAGUGUGGAA